UCUUUCUAUGUUUAUUUCUUCCUGCCUAGCAAGAUUUGAUUUGGUCUUUGGAAUUAAAUGAAGCUUUCUAGUUCAUUAUGCUGCAUUAAUUAAAGAGCUCUGCUACAACUCUUUUUGUUCUUAAAGUGCCCAUCAAUAUCAGACCCUUUCUGUGUUUUUUUUUUCUUUUCUGGUGCUUUGUCUUAAAUAUGAAGCGGUUCUCUUCUUGCCUAAAUCUCUCUUAUUGAUGUUUACUUCUGGCAUAGAUCUCUUUUCUUGAUGUUUAUAUGGAGCAGUUUUAGUUUCCCCUUCCCCACAACUGUGUUGAAUUAUAUACCAGUAGAACUUGUGCCUUCUCUCUAGAGCAUACAUCGACCAAAUUCCUGCUGGUAUAUGUUGUGAAAUCUUGUGCUGUCGCCAGGACAAGUCUCUCCUUUAAAUUAUUAAUGUUUUAAUUCAUCACCAUCAUCUUCAUUUUUUUCAAGUACAAAUACAGACUCGAGAUCCAUUUCUUUUGAGUGAACUCAUUAAUCAAGGUCUUCCUAUAUUUUCCCUUGUUCUUCCAGGUCUAAUGGCCAAAGAUAAUUAUGGAUCUCCAAAGGUCCAUCUAGAUUCAAGAAGGAAGCGUUUAACUUAUAUAUUAGGUGUAAGUGGUCUCUGUGUUCUUUUCUACAUCCUUGGGGCUUGGCAAAACUCCGCUGUACCCAAAUCCAGUGGCGAUGUGUCCAACAAAAUUGAGUGUGGCUCUGUCAAUCCAUUGUCCGAUCCCCAUUCCACCGCCGUGCCAUCGUUCUCAUCAUCAAAUGCCGCCCUCGACUUCGAAGCCCGCCACCGGCCGGACCUCGAUGAAACGGCGGCAACGGUCGAGAAAUUUCAUCCCUGCCCCCUGAACUUCAGUGAGUACACUCCUUGCCAGGACCGAACGAGGGGGAGGAGGUUCGAAAGAGAAAUGCUGAUAUACCGAGAGCGCCAUUGUCCUGGAAAGGAGGAGCUUAUCAGAUGCUUAAUCCCUGCACCACCGAACUAUAAGACACCAUUUAAGUGGCCUCAGAGCAGAGACUAUGCUUGGUUUGACAACAUUCCUCACAAGGAGCUCAGUAUUGAGAAGGCUGUCCAAAAUUGGGUUAUAGUGGAGGGUGACCGGUUCAGAUUCCCUGGUGGUGGAACAAUGUUCCCACGAGGUGCCGAUGCUUAUAUUGAUGAUAUAAAUGCUCUUCUCUCUUUAACUGAUGGUAGCAUCAGAACUGCAAUUGACACAGGCUGUGGAGUUGCUAGCUUCGGAGCUUAUCUUCUGAAGAGGGAUGUCAUCACAAUGUCAUUUGCACCAAGGGAUACACAUGAGGCUCAGGUGCAAUUUGCUCUGGAGCGAGGAGUUCCAGCAAUGAUCGGAGUGAUCGGAUCGCAGCGGAUGCCAUAUCCAGCACGGGCUUUCGACAUGGCUCAUUGUUCGCGGUGUCUUAUCCCAUGGUUUAAGAAUGAUGGUCUUUACCUAAUCGAGGUCGACCGGGUUUUAAGACCAGGAGGCUACUGGAUUCUGUCGGGUCCUCCAAUCCAUUGGAAGAAGUACUACAAAGGUUGGGAGAGAACCCAAGAUGAUCUGAAGCACGAGCAAGAUUCAAUCGAGGAUGUGGCGAAGCGCCUAUGCUGGAAGAAAAUAAUAGAGAAGGAUGAUCUUGCAAUUUGGCAAAAGCCGAUCAACCACAUAGAAUGCAUUCAGAGUCGCGAGAUCCAUAAAACACCACACAUCUGCAAGAAUGACAAUUCUGAUGCUGCCUGGUACAAGAAAUUGGAGGUUUGUAUAACACCAUUACCAGAGGUGAAUAAUGAGGAAGAAGUUGCUGGUGGAGAGCUGGAGAAAUGGCCUUAUCGGGCAUUUGCUGUCCCGCCAAGAAUAAGCAGGGGUUCAAUUCCAGGGGUCGCUGCCAAGAACUUUGAAGAGGACAACCAGAUGUGGAAAGAGCGGGUGACACACUAUAAACGUAUUGUUCCUCCUCUGCUUCAGGGCCGAUAUCGGAAUGUGAUGGACAUGAAUGCAAACUUGGGAGGUUUUGCAGCGGCACUGAUAAAGUACCCGGUGUGGGUGAUGAAUGUCGUCCCUAUCAGUUCAGACCGAGACACACUCGGUGUCAUUUACGAGCGGGGUUUCAUUGGCACAUACCAAGACUGGUGUGAGGCUUUCUCGACGUAUCCAAGAUCUUAUGAUCUCCUCCAUGCCGACGGUGUGUUCAGCGCCUAUCAGGACAGGUGCGACAUCACAUACAUUCUCUUGGAGAUGGAUAGGAUAUUGAGGCCAGAGGGGACAGUGAUAAUCCGGGACAUAGUGGAGGUCCUCACAAAGGUAAAGGCAAUAACAGAUGGGAUGAGAUGGAAAAGCCAGAUCCUGGACCAUGAAAGUGGACCCUUCAACCCUGAAAAAAUCCUUGUGGCUGUUAAGACAUACUGGACUGCUGAAGCCUCCAAACAUGACUGACUAAACUUUUUUUGUGUUGCAAUAUCUCAUCGCCCCCGUCUUUCACUUUUGCUUGAAGCAUCUGAUUCUUUCUGACCCUGUCCUGAGAGGAGUUGCUAGGCUUGAUGGUUAUGGGUUGGUUGGUGUUAUAUUUUUUUGGUGACAGAAGGAGUUGCUUUCUAAUUGCAAUAUUUAGAGAGGGGAGUGGGGGGAAGGGAAUGUAAUGGUAUUAUGAUUGGUCUUAAAUCAAUUAUUGAAAUUAUCAUCUUUGAAUUGAGAGUUGUA